CGCACGCGUGCCCUUGCUCUACGUGCGCCGCAGCCAAUCGACUGUAGCUCGAGACCCUCGAGGCCGGAAAGCCGCGACAGCGCCGGAAGUGACGUUUCGGCGUGCUGACGCGCGGGCUCGAUCCGAGGCCCGAUUCCGCGCCCGCCAUGGCCGACAAAAUGGAUAUGUCCCUGGACGACAUCAUUAAACUGAACCGGAGCCAGCGGGGCGGCCGCGGCGGGGGUCGUGGCCGCGGCAGGGCCGGCUCCCAGGGUGGCCGCGGCGGUGGGGCUCAGGCCACCGCUCGGGUGAAUCGAGGCGGCGGGCCCAUGAGGAAUCGGCCGGCCCUCGCCCGCGGCGCGGCGGGCGGCGGCAGGAACCGGCCGGCGCCUUACAGCAGGCCGAAGCAACUUCCCGACAAGUGGCAGCACGACCUUUUCGACAGCGGCUUUGGAGGCGGUGCCGGCGUGGAGACAGGGGGAAAGCUGUUAGUGUCAAACCUGGACUUCGGAGUGUCAGACGCAGAUAUUCAGGAACUCUUUGCUGAAUUUGGAACACUGAAGAAGGCGGCUGUGCACUAUGAUCGCUCUGGACGAAGUUUAGGAACAGCAGAUGUGCACUUUGAACGGAAGGCAGAUGCCCUGAAGGCUAUGAAGCAGUACAACGGGGUCCCUCUGGAUGGCCGCCCCAUGAACAUCCAGCUCGUCACGUCACAGAUAGAGACACAGCGGAGACCUGCACCGAGCAUCAACAGAGGUGGCAUGACCAGAAACCGCGGCUCUGGAGGCUUUGGCGGCGGCGGUGGUGCCCGGAGAGGAACCCGCGGAGGCAGCCGGGGACGAGGCAGAGGCACUGGCAGGAGCUCAAAGCAGCAGCUUUCGGCCGAGGAGCUGGACGCACAGCUGGACGCUUACAAUGCGAGGAUGGACACCAGCUAAACUGCCGAGCCGAGAGAAGAGAGCCCAGGGCUUCGCCUGCUCUUCGGGCGGGAGGAGGGGCCGGGAGCUGGGCUGUGUGGCCAAUGACAGAUUGGUUUCUUUUCUGUUUGAAGAUAGGAUUUAAAAACUCAUGUAAAGUUUUUUUUCUCUUUUUUCUUUUUUUCUUUUUUUUUUUUAAAUUCUGAAACAGACCUGUUUUGUACCGAGUUAUUUUUGGGAUAAAUUUUACUGGUUGCUGUUGUGGAAAAGGUGGCAUUUUCACCUUCGCCAUAAUAAAAUAGAGAUGUGUGUAGAA